AUGUCAUCAAAAAAGUCUCCGUCUAUUUCAACGGCGACUAUCGGUGCUGUCGAAGACCUUCAGGCUAGGCUUGCAAAAGUCGAAGAAAUGCUAGGCAUUCGCAGCAGCAGGCAUUCGACUUCCAAUGGCUUGGCAGAAGACGCCCAGCCGCACGCGAUCGGAACGGUGGUGGUGAAAGGGAGCAGAAGCAUCUUCUACGGGCAAAACAACCGAACUACUUUGCUAAAUCAGUUCUUGGAAGUCAGGGAGUUUAUCAACGAGAUAUCCAACGAUAAGCAAGUCCAGGCCUCAGUGAAGCAGAUAAAGUUCCUGCAGAACAAGUCGAGGAGCAAGAUUGGUUCACCGGACAGCGCACCUGGCUCAGACUUCUCUAUGGCUCUCCUCAAAUUGCGAGAGUAUCUGCCGCCCAAAGCGUACUGCGAUCGACUGGUGCACAUACACUGUCAGCAUUUCGAGCGCACGUUCAGAGUUCUGCACAUUCCUACAUUCAUGCGCCGCUACUAUCAGAUCUGGAUGCCGGUCUCUAACGAGAAUGCCGAUAUCUUUACUUCUUCUAGCAUUAUACCUGAAGUCACCACCGUCAUGACGAUGGCUUACCACAUGGAUGAUUCACCGCAGGUCGGCGAGGAUCGUAAUCACAGGACGUACCUGAAAGAUGCUGCGAUGGACUUGAUUCAGGCUUGGCUCGACGAGCUUAGUAGAAAACAACGCACCGAACUCGCCACUUUACAAGUCGAUGUCCUGCUUCUCUUGUCCAGAAGUCUCCGAGGGAUACAGCCUGAGCAGCUUUGGAGUGCUACGGGGGCACUGGUACGUUCGGCUAUGGUCAUGGGUCUCAAUGUUGACCCUGCGAUUGUUUCGGGCAUCACUAUGUACAUGCCCGAGAUGCGCCGGAGACUGUGGGCCACAAUAAUCGAGGUGGACCUGCAGGCUUCUAUGUUCUGUGGUAUGCCGCUGGCCAUUCCUGAGCUUAACUCACGCUCCGUUGUACCAUCCAACCUUGACGACAGGGAGUUUGAUGAGUCCUCAACAGUACUUUCUGCCUCUCAUCCAAAGCAUGUAUACAUGGACAGCCUUUAUCAGGUCGUCCUUGCUACUUCCUUACCGCAGCGUAUGAAAGCAUUAUCUGUCAUUCAGCACUCUACGCCCGACAUCAAAGAUGGGAUCAGAUUUGGGUGGAAGGUUGAAGAAUGUCUGUUGCAGAAACCGCAAACGAUGAGUCUUCAUGACAACGACGAAGCCCCUCGCGACAGUGGGGCAUUGAUCCACAGAGUAUUUUUGGACCUUUACAUGCGACGACCAUUGAUUCGGUUGUACAUGGCUCUGAUUCAUGGACCGCAGGCUCAGAACACAGCAAACAGAUCUUUGAUUGCUGAGCUAGGGCAGCAUUGUCUUGAGUCCUCACGCGUCAUUCUUUCAACCAGGAUCUUUACACAAUUCAGGCCCCCGAACUUCUUCUACAACACUUGCAAAAUGGAUAUCCUAUGGGCGGCGCUUACACUAUGCCAAGAGAUUAGUCAAUGCUACGAGCUGAACAUGCCGAAGGCCUUGACCCCCAACCUUGUUCAUGCCGUAGAGACCACGAUCGCUUACCUGAUCAAUCGCAUUGAGCAAAAGGGUAGUGAUCUCAAGGACAUCGUCUUCCUUGCACUCGUCCUCCAGUCUGUCCAAACCCCGAUCACGGUCCCGGACAGAUCCCAGAUUCUACAACAGACGGCCAGGAAGACCCUAGCAACGUGUCGGGAGAAGCUGCUUCAUCCUUCACUUCCAAGCGAGCUCCCACAGCCGCUCGUUAUUCAAACUACCACACGCACAGAACAAUACUUUGGCGAUCUUUCUGAGCUGGCUGUGGAAUAUAACACCUUUCAAGCUGGCCCCUUCGAUCCUGAUGGCGCUCUCAGAUUUCCCCAGGGUCAUAAAUACCAUUGGUAA